AUGGGCAAGAGGAAGUUCAGUGGUUUGGAAACCACCCUGAUUGCCCUCUUCUGUCUGGUGACGGUGGUGGCCAUUGUCCUCAUUGCGCUGUUAGCAUCAGGACAACCUGGAAUCAAAACAACAGGAUUUACACCAGUAUGUCCGAACAUAAUAACAGAGAGAAUUGACUGCAUCCCAGAUCAAGUAGCAACAAAGAGCGUCUGCACCUUGCGUGGCUGCUGCUGGAGUCCCCAGAGUGAUACCAGUGUGCCCUGGUGUUUUUUCUCUAGUAAACAUGGGUACAAAGUGGAUGGGUCCGUAAGAUCAACUCAGACAGGAUUUGAGGCCACAUUAACAAGGCUGCCAUCACCUUCCCUCUUUGGAAAUGAUAUCAACACCGUCCUCCUCACAGGAGAGUAUCAGACAUCAAAUCGCUUCCGGUUCAAGAUUACUGAUCCUAAAACAAAAAGAUUUGAAGUCCCCCAUGAGCAUGUGGGAUCUUUCAGUGGAUCCGCGGCCUCCAAUUUGAACUACAGAGUGGAAGUGAAGCAUAAUCCCUUUGGUAUCGUGGUGACCAGAGUGAGCAAUGGAAAAGUUCUGUUUGAUACUACCAUAGGACCACUGCAGUAUGCUGACCAGUUUUUGCAGCUAUCAAUCAAGCUACCUAGCAGCAACAUUUAUGGGGUGGGAGAGCAUGUGCAUAAACAGUACCGACACGAUGUCAACUGGAAAACCUGGCCCAUGUUCAGCAGGGAUAUUGGCCCCUCUGGAUCAAUGCAUAACUUAUAUGGAGUCCAAACUUUCUUCCUGUGUUUGGAAGACAGCUCCGGAGCCUCUUUUGGUGUUUUCCUGAUGAACAGCAAUGCCAUGGAGUUUGCAGUGCAGCCUGUUCCAGCAGUGACCUAUAGAACCAUUGGUGGCAUCCUUGAUUUCUAUAUCCUCUUGGGGAACACUCCAGAGCAAGUAGUCCAGGAGUACCUGAAGCUUGUGGGACUGCCAUUGUUGCCCUCCUACUGGAGCCUGGGCUUCCAGCUCAGCCGCUGGAAUUACGGGUCCUUGGAUGAAGUGAAGAAUGUGGUGGAGAGGAACCGUCUGAUUGACCUCCCUUAUGAUGCUCAGAUCACUGAUAUUGACUACAUGGAGGAAAAGAAAGAUUUUACAUAUGACAAAGUGAAGUUUAAAGAUCUCCCUAAUUUUGCAUCUUAUCUGCAUAACUAUGGAAAAAAAUAUAUUAUCAUAUUGGAUCCUGCUAUUAGCACAAAAAGCCUAUCUGAUGGUAGUGAAUAUGGAAGCUACACCAGGGGACAGUCUAAACGAGUCUGGGUUAAUGAAUCAGAUGGAAUAACACCAUUAAUUGGAGAGGUGUGGCCAGGGGAAACUGUGUUCCCAGACUACACCAACCCAGACUGCACCAGCUGGUGGGUGGAAGAAUGCAGAAUGUUUUAUAACACAGUGCCGUACGAUGGAAUCUGGAUUGACAUGAAUGAAAUAUCCAACUUUGUUCAAGGCUCAGAUAAGGGUUGUGCACAAAAUGACUUAAACUAUCCUCCAUUUACUCCCAGUAUUCUUGAUAAACUCAUGUUUUCCAAGACACUUUGUAUGGAUGCAGUGCAGAAGUGGGGCAAACACUAUGAUGUCCACAGUCUUUACGGAUAUUCCAUGGCCAUAUCAACAAACGAGGUCAUCAAUACAGUGUUUCCUGGAAAACGAAGCUUCCUGAUUUCGAGGUCUACUUUUGUGGGAUCAGGAAAGCACACGGGACACUGGCUGGGGGAUAAUGCAGCAACAUGGGAACACAUAAAAUGGGCGAUACCUGGAAUGCUGGAAUUUAACCUCUUUGGAAUUCCUUAUAUUGGAGCCGAUAUUUGUGGUUUCUUUGAUGACACGACAGAAGAACUUUGCAGGCGGUGGAUGCAAGUAGGAGCCUUUUAUCCAUUUUCCCGGAAUCACAAUGCUGAAGGAUACAUACCUCAGGAUCCAGCUGUGUUUGGAGCCGAUUCAGUUUUGGUGAAAACCUCCAAACAUUACUUGAACAUUCGCUACACUUUGCUGCCCUACCUGUACACCCUCUUUUACAAAGCUCAUACUCAAGGGGACACGGUUGUACGUCCAGUUUUGCACGAGUUCUACUCAGAUGAAGCGACGUGGGGAGUUGAUAGGCAGUUCCUGUGGGGUCCCGGGCUACUUAUUUCUGCUGUCCUUGACCCGGGUGUGGAUGUAAUUCAAGCAUAUAUUCCUGAUGCAGUGUGGUAUGAGUAUGAAACGGGGGCAAAAAUACCCAUAAGAAAACAAUGGACCGAUUUGUACCUGCCAGCAGACAAACUGGGGCUCCAUUUGAGAGGAGGCUACAUUUACCCUACCCAACAACCAGCUCCCACAACAUCUGAAAGUCGCAAGAAUCCAAUGGGACUUAUAAUUGCCCUGGAUGACAACAGUAAAGCUUAUGGGGACUUGUUCUGGGAUGAUGGAGACUCUACAGGUACACUUAACAGUAAAAGCUACAUUUACUAUGAGUUUAACGUUUCUGCUAAUAUUCUACAAAUGAAUGUCAUAAACAAUGGUUAUGUCGAUCCAAACAACCUGAAGUUUGAAGAAAUCAAAAUACUGGGGGUGCUCCAGGAAAUAACACAACUUACUGUCUCUCAGAACAAUGUUCCACAAACUUCUUUACAUAAUAUCACCUACUAUCCUUCAGAUAAGGUUGUUCAUAUAACAGGACUUCAGCUUGAACUGGGAAAAUCCUACACACUGCAAUGGACGCAACAAUCAAGUAUCAAUGAAAGGUUUGAUUGUUAUCCCAAUCAGGAUCCAACAAAAGAAAAAUGUGAACAACUUGGCUGUGUCUGGGAGCAGUCACCAUCAAACCCAGAUAGUCCAUCCUGCUAUUACAACUCCGACAACGCUUACUCUGUUGAUGGAGUAGAAUACUCCUCAUCAGGUUUGGUAGCCAACCUGACCGUAAACAGCAUCAAUGCCAGAGCUAAUGAGAAUUACACUGCACCAAUUGGUACACUGCGCUUGGAGGUUAAAUAUCAUAGCAACCACAUGCUGCAAUUUAAGAUUUAUGAUUACCAGAAUGCACGAUAUGAGGUUCCUAUAUCAUUAAAUCUCCCAAGCUCCCCAGCGAAUACAGUCGAGGACCUACUCUAUGAAGUAUCAGUUCAGAGAAAACCAUUUGGUAUACAGGUUCGACGCAAAAGCACAGGGACAGUCAUCUGGGAUUCACAGCUGCCUACCUUCACAUUCAGCGACAUGUUCAUUCAGAUUUCUACCCGUUUGGCAUCCCAAUAUAUAUAUGGAUUUGGAGAAACAGAGCACACCAUGUUUCGACGCAACAUGAGCUGGCACACCUGGGGAAUGUUCACAAGGGACCAGGCUCCUACUUAUAAGUUGAAUUCCUAUGGUUAUCAGCCAUUUUACAUGGCUCUUGAAGAAGAUGGCAAUGCCCAUGGAGUUCUCUUGCUUAACAGCAAUGCAAUGGAUGUGACGUUCCAGCCAACCCCUGCCCUGACAUACCGCACCAUUGGAGGAAUUCUGGACUUUUACAUGGUUUUGGGCCCAACACCAGAACUUGUUGUUCAGGAGUACACUGCACUGAUUGGACGACCAGUGAUGCCACCCUACUGGUCCUUGGGAUUCCAGUUGUGCCGCUACGGAUACAGGAACGACACUGAAAUUUCCCAGCUGGUGGAGCAAAUGAAGGCGGCUAACAUUCCCUAUGAUGUCCAAUAUGUAGAUAUUGACCAUAUGGAACGGCAACUGGACUUCACUCUUGGCCCACGCUUUGAGGGAUUACCGGCUCUAAUUAACAAAAUAAAAGCAGAAGGAAUGAGAUUCAUCAUUAUCCUGGAUCCAACGAUCUCUGGAAACGAAACUGAUUAUCUUACUUUCUCGAGAGGUGUAGCCGACGAUGUCUUCAUCAAGUGGCCGAAUACCAAUGACAUUAUAUAUUCCAAGGUCUGGCCGUUUCUUCCCAAUGUUGAAGUCAAUGAGUCACUUCCCGAGCAAACCCAAAUACAGCUCUAUGGAGCACAUGCAGCUUUCCCAGACUUCUUCCGCAAUUCCACAGUGGAGUGGUGGAAGAGAGAAAUCCUGGAGUUCUACAACAACCCCCGUAACAACUCAAAAAGUGUGAAGUUUGAUGGCCUGUGGAUUGACAUGAAUGAACCGGCAACUUUUUAUAAUGGCGCCAUUGGUGGUUGUAGAGAUGACCUCCUUAAUAAGCCACCAUAUAUUCCUCAUUUGGGAUCCCGGCCAGAUGGUUUAAUUGUCAAAACUCCAUGCAUGGAAGGUCAGCAGUAUCUUCCGGACGGUACCCCAGUUAGACACUAUGAUGUCCACAGUCUUUAUGGGUGGUCACAAACAAAACCUACCCACGAUGCUGUGCAGAAUGCCACAAAAGAGCGUGGGAUCGUCAUCACCCGCUCAACAUAUCCCAGCAGUGGAAGAUGGGCUGGACAUUGGCUGGGUGAUAACAAGGCAGCUUGGGAUCAGCUGGCUAAAUCUAUUAUUGGUAUGAUGGAGUUCAGCCUCUUUGGAAUAUCUUAUACAGGAGCUGAUAUCUGUGGCUUCUUUAAUGACUCACAGUAUGAGUUGUGUCUUCGCUGGAUGCAGCUGGGUGCAUUUUACCCAUAUUCAAGGAAUCACAAUGAGAAAGGAACAAGAAGGCAAGAUCCUGUUUCCUGGAAUGCAACAUUUGAGGACAUUUCCAGGAAGGUGCUGAAUAUAAGAUACACUCUGUUACCCUAUUUUUAUACAUUAAUGUACCACGCCCAUGCCCACGGCAGUACUGUGAUCCGCCCCGUACUCCAUGAGUUUGUGGAAGACAGAGCAACAUGGGAUAUAUAUGAACAAUUCCUUUGGGGACCUGCACUGCUCAUCAGCCCUGUAAUGCAACCGAAUGCUGUAACGGUGGAUGCUUACAUACCCGAUGCCCGCUGGUAUGAUUACUACACAGAUGGAGAUAUUGGUAUUAGGGGAAAGUCAGUAACUCUAUCAGCUCCUUUGGACCAUAUCAAUCUUCAUAUCCGAGGCGGUUACAUCCUCGCAUGGCAACAACCUGCUAAUACAACUUUUUACAGCCGGAAAAACCCAAUGGGACUUACUGUUGCUUUGAAUGACACUCAGAUGGCAGAAGGACAGCUUUAUUGGGAUGAUGGGGUUCGCAUUGACGCGUAUGAAGAUGGUGCAUAUCUGCUAACAUCAUUUACUGCUAAGCAGAAUGUUUUAGAUAUCACAGUUGUGCAUCACGGUUACACUGAUCCAAACAACUUAAUGUUUACUGAAAUUAAAGUCCUGGGCGUGAACACCAACGUUCAGAAGGUAGAUGUAUUGCAGGACGGCGGGAUAAUUCCGUCACCUCACACUGUGAGCUACAACAGCACCACCCAGGUUGUUCAUAUAACAGGACUUCAGCUUGAACUGGGAAAAUCCUACACACUGCAAUGGACUCAGGAAUUAAGUAUCAAUGAAAGGUUUGAUUGUUAUCCCAAUCAGGAUCCAACAAAAGAAAAAUGUGAACAACUUGGCUGUGUCUGGGAGCAGUCACCAUCAAACCCAGAUAGUCCAUCCUGCUAUUACAACUCCGACAACGCUUACUCUGUUGAUGGAGUAGAAUACUCCUCAUCAGGUUUGGUAGCCAACCUGACCGUAAACAGCAUCAAUGCCAGAGCUAAUGAGAAUUACACUGCACCAAUUGGUACACUGCGCUUGGAGGUUAAAUAUCAUAGCAACCACAUGCUGCAAUUUAAGAUUUAUGAUUACCAGAAUGCACGAUAUGAGGUUCCUAUAUCAUUAAAUCUCCCAAGCUCCCCAGCGAAUACAGUCGAGGACCUACUCUAUGAAGUAUCAGUUCAGAGAAAACCAUUUGGUAUACAGGUUCGACGCAAAAGCACAGGGACAGUCAUCUGGGAUUCACAGCUGCCUACCUUCACAUUCAGCGACAUGUUCAUUCAGAUUUCUACCCGUUUGGCAUCCCAAUAUAUAUAUGGAUUUGGAGAAACAGAGCACACCAUGUUUCGACGCAACAUGAGCUGGCACACCUGGGGAAUGUUCACAAGGGACCAGGCUCCUACUUAUAAGUUGAAUUCCUAUGGUUAUCAGCCAUUUUACAUGGCUCUUGAAGAAGAUGGCAAUGCCCAUGGAGUUCUCUUGCUUAACAGCAAUGCAAUGGAUGUGACGUUCCAGCCAACCCCUGCCCUGACAUACCGCACCAUUGGAGGAAUUCUGGACUUUUACAUGGUUUUGGGCCCAACACCAGAACUUGUUGUUCAGGAGUACACUGCACUGAUUGGACGACCAGUGAUGCCACCCUACUGGUCCUUGGGAUUCCAGUUGUGCCGCUACGGAUACAGGAACGACACUGAAAUUUCCCAGCUGGUGGAGCAAAUGAAGGCGGCUAACAUUCCCUAUGAUGUCCAAUAUGUAGAUAUUGACCAUAUGGAACGGCAACUGGACUUCACUCUUGGCCCACGCUUUGAGGGAUUACCGGCUCUAAUUAACAAAAUAAAAGCAGAAGGAAUGAGAUUCAUCAUUAUCCUGGAUCCAACGAUCUCUGGAAACGAAACUGAUUAUCUUACUUUCUCGAGAGGUGUAGCCGACGAUGUCUUCAUCAAGUGGCCGAAUACCAAUGACAUUAUAUAUUCCAAGGUCUGGCCGUUUCUUCCCAAUGUUGAAGUCAAUGAGUCACUUCCCGAGCAAACCCAAAUACAGCUCUAUGGAGCACAUGCAGCUUUCCCAGACUUCUUCCGCAAUUCCACAGUGGAGUGGUGGAAGAGAGAAAUCCUGGAGUUCUACAACAACCCCCGUAACAACUCAAAAAGUGUGAAGUUUGAUGGCCUGUGGAUUGACAUGAAUGAACCGGCAACUUUUUAUAAUGGCGCCAUUGGUGGUUGUAGAGAUGACCUCCUUAAUAAGCCACCAUAUAUUCCUCAUUUGGGAUCCCGGCCAGAUGGUUUAAUUGUCAAAACUCCAUGCAUGGAAGGUCAGCAGUAUCUUCCGGACGGUACCCCAGUUAGACACUAUGAUGUCCACAGUCUUUAUGGGUGGUCACAAACAAAACCUACCCACGAUGCUGUGCAGAAUGCCACAAAAGAGCGUGGGAUCGUCAUCACCCGCUCAACAUAUCCCAGCAGUGGAAGAUGGGCUGGACAUUGGCUGGGUGAUAACAAGGCAGCUUGGGAUCAGCUGGCUAAAUCUAUUAUUGGUAUGAUGGAGUUCAGCCUCUUUGGAAUAUCUUAUACAGGAGCUGAUAUCUGUGGCUUCUUUAAUGACUCACAGUAUGAGUUGUGUCUUCGCUGGAUGCAGCUGGGUGCAUUUUACCCAUAUUCAAGGAAUCACAAUGAGAAAGGAACAAGAAGGCAAGAUCCUGUUUCCUGGAAUGCAACAUUUGAGGACAUUUCCAGGAAGGUGCUGAAUAUAAGAUACACUCUGUUACCCUAUUUUUAUACAUUAAUGUACCACGCCCAUGCCCACGGCAGUACUGUGAUCCGCCCCGUACUCCAUGAGUUUGUGGAAGACAGAGCAACAUGGGACAUAUAUGAACAAUUCCUUUGGGGACCUGCACUGCUCAUCAGCCCUGUAAUGCAACCGAAUGCUGUAACGGUGGAUGCUUACAUACCCGAUGCCCGCUGGUAUGAUUACUACACAGAUGGAGAUAUUGGUAUUAGGGGAAAGUCAGUAACUCUAUCAGCUCCUUUGGACCAUAUCAAUCUUCAUAUCCGAGGCGGUUACAUCCUCGCAUGGCAAAAACCUGCUAAUACAACUUUUUACAGCCGGAAAAACCCAAUGGGACUUACUGUUGCUUUGAAUGACACUCAGAUGGCAGAAGGACAGCUUUAUUGGGAUGAUGGGGUUCGCAUUGACGCGUAUGAAGAUGGUGCAUAUCUGCUAACAUCAUUUACUGCUAAGCAGAAUGUUUUAGAUAUCACAGUUGUGCAUCAGGGUUACACUGAUCCAAACAACUUAAUGUUUACUGAAAUUAAAGUCCUGGGCGUGAACACCAACGUUCAGAAGGUAGAUGUAUUAAAGGACGGGGGGAUAAUUCCAUCACCUCACACUGUGAGCUACAACAGCACCACCCAGGUCCUGAAUAUCACCCAGCUUCAACUUCAAUUAGGCCAAACCUACACAGUGCAAUGGAGUUAAAAUGCCUUUCAAAUAACUUUGGCCAUAUUGCUGAAAUUUCUCUUUGUUUUAAAACAGGCUUGAAAUGUUCAUACUGCCAUUUUGUACCCUAAAAAUACUUUAUUCUGUAAAAACAUAUAACUUACAUUCAGUUCGUAUCAAGGUAUCAUGUGUAUAAACGUAGUUUAGUAUUGUUGAAGGCUAACUACAAGCUCUCCAUGUAAUGCAAAACUUAUGUUUUAAAUACUAUGGCACUUGUGUCAUAUUUCAAAACUGAAAUCUGAAUGUAAAAUUCUAUGUUUUCUUUAAGCAGAAUCUCUGGCUGACUUCAUGCUUGGUAAAUUUUGCAAACCAAGAUGCAGUUGGUGUUACCUGCAUGAAUUUGGGGCCAUAAUUCUGCCCAUAUUUAACUUCUAUCAUCUUAAUUUUAACUCUGCCAAUGUAAGUCACUAUUAUUAAGAAGUAUUUAAAGACAGAUAAAUUAAUGUUCUCAGAUUAUACUUUUAGCAUGAAACAGUGUUUCCACUUGUUCAUCUAUAAAAUAUUAAGGUACUUGCAAAAGUCAUUCAAAGUAUUUUGUAUGACUUCAGCCAGACAUUUGUGUUCCCCAAUGCUGAAGUCGCAAAAUUAAACUUGAAGUUUCAACG